UACUGUGGUUCCACCUUUCUUUUUACACCAUGCGUUUCCAGCCUAGAAAGUGAAUCAAAGUGAAUUCUGAUGCUAUUUGAAGAAGAGGAACAAGUAUGUGUGUAGUAUUUAUCGAAAUACAGAGUGUUGGGGUAUCAAUAAUAAAAGAAGUAAUAGUAGCAGCAAUAUUAGUAUCGCAAUGAAUAUAGAAUUUACUAGGUCUUCUCGGCCAGAUAAUAAUUAAAAUCAUUAUAUAUACUUAGUGAGAUCACUUGCAUAUCAAAACAGGUUCAGUUUAAUGUAUUUUUGUUAUAAUUUUACAGAUCAAGAACUGUGUGAGAUAAAGUUUUAACUAUGGAUUCUUCAAGCGAGAGAGGUAACCAUUUCACACCUACACAACUUAUUCAUGAAAAAAGUUAUGUGAAGGAUUACACAGAGGCAGAAGCUGAGGAAUAUCUAAGGUAUAUGAAUAUUAGAGAUGAGAAUAGAAAAGAGUCUACAUUAGAUGUAACAAUCCAUGGAUUAGAAGACAGUGAGCACAAACUCUAUAUGGUAGAUCUGGCUAAGGUCUAUCAAGAGUGCAAAUUCACUUACAAUCCGCACUCUAAUGAUCUGUCUGUUUUAUCCAUGAAGGAUAAGAUACUGCCUAUAAUUGAGACAAAUUCUGUAGUCAUUAUUCAAGGACCUACUGGCUGUGGAAAGACCACUCAGAUUCCGCAAUUUAUUCUCGAUACUAAUAUCAAGAAAAGACUUAACUGCAAUAUUAUAGUUACGCAACCAAGAAGAAUCGCUGCGAUAAGCGUCGCCAAAAGAGUGUGUCAUGAAGGAGGUUGGCGUCUUGGUAGCCUUGUGGGCUACCAAGUGGGUAUGCAAAAGGAAUUGUCACAUGAAACACGUCUGACUUAUUGCACCACCGAAAUUCUCCUCCAACACUUAAUUCGUGCUAAGCAUUUGUUGGACUAUACGCACAUUAUAUUGGAUGAAAUUCACGAGCGUGAUCAACAUUUGGAUUUUCUUUUACUAGUGGUUAAAAGAUUAUUACAAACCAAUUCUAGACAAGUUAAAAUUAUACUUAUGUCGGCAACAAUUAACGUAACAAAAUUUGCGAGAUACUUUUCUACAAAAGUUAACAAUCAUUUAAUUCCGGCGCCAAUUCUCAAGAUUCCUGAGACAAGACAUUUUGAGAUUCGCACGUAUUACUUGGAUGAGAUAAAAAAUAUAGGAAAUAUACCAACAGUAUCUGCCAUGGAACCAAGAGCUACUCAAAGCAUGAUGAACUUUUGCUCACUUAUCAUCAAUGCCCUAGAUAAAAUCGAUAUGAAUGAUAGCAAACAGGACUCCGAAUCACUUCAAAGACACACCGUUCUUGUAUUUUUACCAGGAAUCUAUGAAAUUGAGGAAUUAUUUAAUUACCUGUCGUCGGAUUUCCAUAAAGAUAAGUUAUGGGACUUGACAAUUUUGCAUUCAAUGGUUUCUGAUAAUGAACAACGUUACGUUUUCCAAAAACCACCGGAAGAUUAUAGACGUAUUAUACUCUCUACAAAUAUUGCCGAAAGCAGUAUUACAGUUCCAGAUGUAAAGUAUGUGAUAGACUUUUGUCUUGUAAAAUUGCUGAAAUAUGAUCCUGUAACUCAUUAUCAAACUUUACAACUUUGUUGGGCAAGUAAAACAAAUUGUAUUCAACGAGCUGGUCGCACAGGUCGUGUAAUGGAUGGCAGAGUGUACAGAUUAGUACCAAAAGCAUUUUAUGAUAAUAUCUUGGAAGACUACAGUAUGCCAGAAAUACUUCGCGCCCCACUCGCCAAUGUUGUUCUCCGCGCGAAAAUUCUUAAUAUUGAUGAGCCACGUAUCCUUCUUUCACAUUCUCUUGAUCCACCUACUCUCUCUAAUUUGGCACAUACCAUCUUAAGCUUAAAAGAAGUUGGGGCUUUAGUAGAUGAGAAUGAUUCUUAUCAACUGUUUGAUGGAAAAUUAACCGAUCUCGGCAUGGUAAUGGCGAAUCUUCCUCUCGACAUUCGAAUUUCGAAAUUAAUCAUGUUGGGCCAUGUUUUUGGUGUUUUACGAGACGCUAUCAUUUUGGGGGCCAGCAUGGCCGUUAAGAAUGUCUUUUGUUUGGAACAUUGUCAUCCUACCAUUUCCUCUUAUACGACUCGGAAAAAAUGGGCUCACGAUUCUAAUAGCGACUGCAUCGCAACCUUAUAUGUUUAUAAAAUGUGGCAAAAUGAAAGAGCUAGCCGUCGAUUGAAUACUUACCAAACCGAGAGACAAUGGGCCCAAAGAAAUGGAUUUGACACAAAAGCUUUGCAUGAAUUAGAUGUUUUGGUGAACGAGAUCACUGAAAGAUUGAAACGGAUGAACAUUAAAGAAAGUGUUGGAAUAAAUAAAGUCAUCUGGCAAGGUGCCGAUCGUGAUUUUGUGCUUCAAGUCGCCCUUGCUGGAGCUUUCUACCCCAAUUAUUUUCUCAAACGUUUGCAAAAUCAAGAGGUAUAUGAAGAAACUAUUAAAAAGACCUUUGGUAUUUUAGAUCCCAUGAAGACAGUUUGUUUAAGAGGUUGGCCAGUGACGCAACCUGGAUAUUUAUAUGCUAAGAAAUUUCAACAGAUUUUUUCCACACAUCUAAGAAUUCCAAAAACGCAAAUAGCUAUAUCUUUCGAUGGAUCGCAACGUGUUUACGUGCAAUUUCGUGAGGACACAGCCAUUGACAACAGUCUUCAAAAUGUAUCGGAGUUUGUUUAUCAGGCCAUCAAGAUGAGACAGUGUAAUAUACCGAUUGAAUUAAUGUUGUUAAAUGUAAAAGAAGCGAAUGAGAGGGUUAAACAUUAUGAUCAUCAUAAAUUCGAACGGAAUCUUUUCUUUCGUAGAAAUGUAAGCAAGAUACAGAACAAUGUUCCUCAAAUCAGACCAAAUUUGCCAGGACUUGAUAUAACUUUUAUACGUCUAUUUAUACAAAAUAUUAUCAGCCCUGGGUAUUUCUGGGCAAUUCUUGACGAUGACACCACUCGUAAUAAAUUACGUGUUAUACAAGAAACUCUCAACAAUCAACCUUUAGACAAAUUUUCCUUUUCUCCAAAAAUCUCAACCAUAGUCGCUGCCCCUAUGGAAGAAAAGAACUCUGUGGUUUACCAUCGUGCUAUAAUUAAGGAACAUGUCUCAGGAGUCGCAGAACUGAUUGACAUUUUCUUUAUUGAUCACGGUCGUUUUUCUAGAAUGCGACUUGGUGAUUUAAGAGAAAUUGAUAAUUAUACAAUCUUGAAAAUUCCACCUUUAGCAGUUUCUUGCAACUUGGCUUUUGUGCGACCUUCAAAUCAAAGUAAUCUUCACCAAUGGUCGGAAAGAUCGAAAAAUUAUUUUCUGACACAAAUCAAGGAAAACGAAAUGAUAUUUGGAAACAUUUAUUCGGUUGUUGAUAGUGUUAUUAACUUGGAAUUAAUUGUUGUUAAUGAAAAAGAAGAGAGAUUGAAUAUUAAUGAGGGUUUGAUUGAAAAAGGAUAUGCCGUGAGGAGGGAAGAAGGCUAUUUAUCGAAACAUAAUCAUGAAUUGAGGACAGAUAUUAAUAUCGUUAAUGCAAUGCCGAUAGAGGAGAAACAGUUUUACGAAGAAGAACAAUAUGACAAACGUCACUUGUUAGAAUAUCCUAAUGCACCUAGAGAAGAGGAUUGCAAUUUGAGCAUAAAACUCCAUGGUCCAUGUUCUCCCCUAGAAAUGGAGAUGACGCAGUUGACGUUUGGUGGAAAAUCGAAGAAAAUAUCUGUAGAAAUGAAUUCCGUCAAUUCUGUUCUUAUAGAUACCGAUCUCAAUCAAUCGAAACGCCUCUUGGUCGCACAGUGCGCCACUCAAAACAAUAAUAAUCAUAUAGUACUGAGAAAUACCACUCUCCUGCCAAAUAUCCCCGGACUUGCAACAUUGCUCCCGCUAAUUUUUGCGCCACGUGUGGAAUUGAGAUGCAAUUCUCGCAGAACUUAUUAUACUGGAGCUUUGUGUGGUUUGGGCCCAAUAGAUAAUUACACUAGUCGGGCUAUAUUUUUCGAUCAUGAUAUGGAAAUUCCAUUUGACGUAGAAAUUGCGAUGGAUGAUAUAAAAGAGGUAAAUAAAUUGCGCCACUGGAUAAAUAUCGGACUGCAACUAGAUAAUUUAAGAGACGAGGAUGUUAUAGCAUGUCAAAAUAAAGUCAGAUACAUUUUACUGAACUUGAUGGACAAACGAAGAAAAUUACGAAAUACAGAGGAUGACGAGAUCGAUCAUCUUAGUGAUAAGUGGAAUCGCUACAAGAGUUCACAUUUGUUGCCAUCCAUUCAAGAAUCUGCGAGAGAAUAUGUCGUAUAUCCGUUGCAUAAAGCAUUAGAUCUGCGCGAAGCAGAUGAACAGACGGAGGAAAUGUUGAAGCAUCUCGUGCAAUUGCAGCGUCUUGCCUACGAGGAUGCACAAAAAAUGGGAAACGUCGUUAUUUUUUGUAAAUUAUGCAAAAUAGAAAUGUUUGGUCUAUUGCAGCUACGUAGUCAUCUUCAUUCAGAACAACAUGCAAGAAGCGAGAAAUUUUUGCAGCGUUAACUACAUUAAAAUCAAAUGUGAUAUUCUAUUCUAUUUUGUUUGAUCCCCGAUUUAAUUUCAAUGGUAUGUAUAUACCAACAUAAGAAAAUAUUUUUAUUGUUUAUUUUUUUACUUACUUUUACAUUGUAUUACAAACAAUUAUACAGUGAACUUAUGUACAUGCAUACAGUAAGCAUAGAGACUUAGAGAGGGAUGCAGUUUUGGAAAACGAUAAUAAAAAAAUUUUAUUUUA